UAUCGUGUCAUCUGGACAACAAGCCGUGUGUUAGAGCUGGGAUUACCUACCAACAGCGAAAUAGAACGAAAGAGUUCCUAUAUGGGAAUUAAGUGAAUAUUUGUUUCUUGGCUAUUAGUGUUCACGACUGAAUACGAACCAAUUAGACCACAUAGAAAAAUAUGAUCACCACAAACGCAAGGAGAUGAUUGGUGGAAAUACCAGGAGUGAAUUCGCGUUCAGGAAAAUGUCGUCUGCUUUUGUGAACUAGAAUGUCAAAAGGUCAUGUGCGACAAGCGACCUUUGAUACUGCUCCAGCCGACUCUGUAUCUGGAUCCAGUAUCAAGCGAGGAGGAAUCGAAUUCCCCGUCGUUGAUUCCGCUUCCUCGCGGCGCUCAAAGAGUCCCCAGAAGCCUCCAAGUAACAAAAGCAAGCUCCUGAACAGGUUGAACCGUAAAGGCGAGACUAACGGCUUGUUAAAUGGUGCAAACGAAACAAAAGGAAAUGGCGACGAUUCCAAUAAUGACGAUUCGUAUAUGCCAAAGUUGUCUAAUUCGAUGUCAAAGAAAAUUAAGGCUGAUGAAAGCAAGAGAAGACGAUCGCCGAGUCCGUUAAGGAAGCGGUUUCGGAAUGAAGAGAAAAUCCAUCCGUCGGGGCACACCGACAACAAGACUGUUAAAGCCGAUGCCGGGCCUCGAAUUGGCGUCGCCUCACACAUUGAGACGGUUCCGAUCGAAUCAGGAACUCAUGUUGAAACCAGUCCGCCGCCAAGAAGUCACUUCGUGCCAUCACUUGCGCUCGCGAAAAAGAUCCAGAAAGAAAAAGAAUCGCACGCCACUCUCAAACCUCAGAUAAUUUUAGACCACACAGGCCAGUCUGAAAAGAAAACGUCCAAAUCUAAACGAGGUCACGUGUCGCCCACGCCUUCCAGGUAUGAGGAGAUCCCUCUACCGUCCCGAGAGAGACAGAAGAAGGUGUCGGAAACUAGAUCCGACAUUGUCGUGCCAUCAUUUAAAAGUCAAGGAGUUUCUAAAGUGCCUUUGGAUUCAGAAAGCGUUAAUGUGGUACCAGAUAAUGAUUCCAGCAAAACACUGUUGGAAAAUGGCAUUGAGCCACGUAGUGAUAACUAUAUCGCCAAUAACAUUAGCGAAUCUCCUCCAAUGCAACGAACACAAGCGGGAAGGGACAGCAUGGACACUUUUGAAAAUGUACGUUUAGAAAGAGAUGGACUUAUACGAGCAGAGAAUGCAUAUAAAACCAGAAUACGUCAGUUGGAAGAGGAAGCAAAGGGAUUUCUUAAAGACAUUGAUAAUUUAUCAGAAGAAAACAGAAUGCUCAGAGACCAACCAAGUAACUAUUCCUCGGUACGAGCAACUAGGACGAGUAGUGAAAAUAGGGAUUUGUUGGAACGGAAUCGAAACCUGGAAAUUGAAAACCAGAGUGUGUGGACAGAAAACCAACAGCUCAAAUCAACUAAUGAGGAUUACGAAAAAAAGAUUAAGACUGUUCAAAAAGAAAAUGAUUCCAUUAUGAAAAAGUUGAAAGAUAUAGAGUCAAAAGGUGCUGCAAAACAAAAGGGAUUAGAAGAGGAAACAGCAAAAAUUGAAAGUGAAAUGCAAAAUUUGCGUUCUGCAAAUAUAGAAUUGGAAAAGAAAGUGAAUUCUCUCAAGGCUGAAAAUAAUGCAUUAAAUACAUCUUUCGAACAAAAGACAUUGGAAAAUGAUAAUUUGCUCAAGACAAUACAGUCUGAUAGCAACUUGAAAGAUGUUUUAAAGAAAGUACAAGAAGAAUUAACACAGGUUCAAUUAACAAAUGAGAAAAUUGUGAAGGAGAUUGAUGAGUUAAAAAAGAAAAAUGUGAACUUACAGAAAGAGAAAAGCCAAGUUGAAAAGAUAAUUAUCGACAAAGACAAACAGCUUUCUGAAAAGGAUGAACUACUAAGUGAGAAAGAAAAGCAACUGAAUGACCAAACGAACUCGCAUAGAGACAAAAUAAGUGAAAAAGACAAUGAAAUCAAAAUUACUAAAGACAGCCUAAACAAAAAGAAAGUCUCAAUAGUGGAAUUACAGCAACAAAUAACAUCAUUAAAAAAUGACAUCCAAAAGUUAAAAACCGAUAAUGAAGACUUGAGAAAAAUUGAUAAUGAUAUCGAUGAGCUGAACAACAAAAUAAAAAGCCUAACAGACGAUUUGGGUAAACGAACAGAAGUCAACAAAAAACUCAGACGCGAAAAGUCGGAAUUUAGGAUAGAAAUAGAAAGCUUGAAAAAGGAAUUAGAACUGGCGAACUCGGCAAAUGCAUCCGAAACAAAACAUCUAAAACAGUUACUGCAGAAAGAAUCCGAAAACACUGAACAGCUAAAAACCACUGUAAAAGAUAAACAGGGUGAGAUUUCCAGAUUGGAAACUCAGCUGUUUGAAAUCAAUAUGAAAGUUGACUCCCAGAAUGAAAAGAUGCGAGAAAUCCAGCGUGAAAAGAAUGACAUGGAGGUAAAAGUGAGCCAAGCCGCCGAACUCGAAAUCAGCAACAAGAAUCUCCUGGAGGAAAAUCGCAGACUGCGUCAGCUGUUAGUUGAGCGAAACAUCGAAGUGACCAACAAGAAGACGGAAAAGCACGUCCUCACAUCGAGGCUGGAGAAUCUGGAACGGAAGCAGAAAGAUUCUGAAAUCAAAGUUAAACAGCUGCAAGGAUGGGUUAGUGGCGCACUCGACGCGAACGACAACCCAAUAGUUAUAGUCACAACUUCUCCCCAGCCUCGGACUAGCAACGAAAAAUCUCCGCGCAGUCUGCCCUUGAAUAGAAAGAAAAUGCAGCAAGGUAUACUGAGGGAAGAGUCUAACAAGGCCGCGAGUUAUGAGGACAUUAGGCAGUCUGUGCCCGUGGAGAGUCCGAAACAAUCUCCAAGUCUGCCCUCCAUCACAGACGAGAGUCUGCAGACGACAAUUAGACCCAGUUAUUAUCAACUUUACAAACAUAGGCUAAGGCUGGUCAACGACAGAAGGUAGCCACACGUCCUUAGUAUAUAUGAUGGCGAAGCGAUUUCGUUGGAUGUGCAUGGUAAUAAGAUGUCAUUUGCUUGCUAUGCAAGGAUACGUAAUGUAUUUUCUAAAAUGUAUUUGGUAAAAAAAUUAUUGGCAGGAUUCAUUCAUUUAAUAUAAUAUUUGUGACAAUAAUUUAUUUAAGGUGCGUGCAAACAAAGCCACAUUUAUUAUAUCUGCUUGGCAGAUAGUCAUUUUCUAAAAGUGGACAGUAUUUUUCAUUUUAUAAACUACCGUUUAUCAGUUGUAUUCUAACUUACAUAAAAUAUUCACAAAGAAUGAAUUCGAAUCUUCUACUCAAAAUGCAAACAUGAUCUUGAUUACUGUAUGUGAUGUCACGUUGACAUAGAUUACGAUAAUUCAGCAGAUGUUUAUAUCUGGAAAAACAAACAGAAAGGAUUACAAAAACAGCAGAAAUAAUUAAUAUUGUACGCGUCGUUACAUACUAUAACUCGCCGUCACCAAACCUUGAUAUAUCUGUGAAACUAUGAACCAAAGAGGUAGAUUUCUAAGAGUUGCCAAUCUACAUCAAAGAAACUAAAAGUAUUCACAUUUUGGGAGUGAAUUCAAGUAUGUAAUGUGUUAUAAUUACGGAUCAAAGAUAUUGUUUGUGUUAUAAGUUAUAAACGAAAGUAAUGUACCACAUAGAUAUCGCUUUUACCUUCUAUAAUUCAUUCGGCAGUCCGAUGGAUAGGGACAGUAUGAUCAAUUUAAUGAUCAAUUAUGCAAAAGAGAACACUUAAACGCUCUGUAUACUCUCUCUCUCUCUCUCUCUCUCUCUCUCUCUCUCUCUCUCUCUCUCUCUCUCUCUCUCUCUCUCUCUACGCUUAUCACCCAUUAUCUGAUCACACAUUCCAUGAAUACUUUUUUUAUUUUCUGAUAUACAUGUGUAUCAUCAUUUUGUGCCUUCAACAUUCAUUAAAGUUUUCGGAAAUGGGUAUUUCGCAGAACACAAACUAUACAAUUACAAAAACUGUUGACACUAUAGGUAUUCGACAUCGGUUAUUGUUGUUUAAUAUUUAUUGACUGAUAUUUUGUUUUUAAUUCGCUUUUUCAAGUCAAGUUCAUUCCUUGUUGAUCUCAGUGUUCACUAAUUUAUUGUGCAUCAUUUGAAAUACACAUUA